CGAGGGACCUUACAACCCAAAGUAAGCACAGAGAAAUCAAUUUAGUUUACACUGGCGUGUAAAAAUAAUAUUGGAUAUUGUAAGUUGUGAUUUCGUUUUGUUUAGUCCAAUGAGUGCAAAAUACACGGCACGCGCAAUUUGCUAGCUGGCGUUCUUCCCCUGUGGUUUGACGGACGAUGUUGCAAGACGUAGUGAUAACCAAGCUUUUCUUACCAGAGCGACGAGGAAAUCUCUUACUGACAAGCAUAAAACAAGAGCCAACUUCGGAAGGCUGCCCCUCUGAAGUCUCGUCGGCUCCAGAUCAGUGUUCAUCAAGUAACGUGAUUCAUAAUACAGCUUCCGCAGACACACGCCUACAUUUGGCGACAGGUGGUGAGUGUGUUAAUUCGUUACCAUUUGGUAACGACACUCUCUCUGGUUCUUCAUCUGGUGUCACUCUUCCUCCAACAACGCAAUCUUCUGGACCUAGGACUUCUGAUGCAUUUAAUCAUCGCCCAGUUCAUUCAGCUGUUCGUAAUAGAUGUACGUUAGUUCCCCGUCCCACACCACUAUCAAAAGGAUGCACCCAACCGGAAACCGGUGUAUUGCUGAAUUCACAGCCACCAAUGGUAAACACUUGUUCCCAACAAUUAGGAAGUAAUAUGCAAAAUCCAGUUGUAUCUACAGUCGAUCCGAACAGAUUGUCAAUCUCUUCAGCCGCCAACAGGAUUAAUGAACAAAUUCUGAAUCCUCCUCCUUCUAUGGAUGAAAAUGUCCUAUGGGGUCGUGUCACCCGAAACUCAUCGGGAGAUUUAAGAUUUCCUGGCAUAAAUCGCACUUUUAAAAGUGUUUCUUCAGUCUUGAGACAAAUUUAUCAAACGGCUACAGCUGAAGACAGUUUGUCUUUACAGUUACCGUCAUCCGCGAUUCAAUGUGAAAAUGAGGCAAAUAUUCGAUUAGAAAACUCACUACCCAAUUCGCUACUUAAUUCGACUUCAAGAAAAGGUUUAUAUAUUUGCCUGUGUUGCCGAUCGACAUUUACAAGUAGUGCUUUGUAUGAAGACCAUCUGGAUCGUGCCGUUGCUCGAAUAUUGUAUCGUUGUCAUAUCUGUCGUGGUUCUUGGACGACUUCACGUGAGGCGGUCAGUAUCGCUGAUAAUCAUGAGAGCGAAACAUGCUCACGGUUUUAUUCUGUUCUACCGGGUGGAAUUAUCAGCGCUAAUAAUAAAUGCGCUAUAUUUACUCACUUGGUAUCUGCACACCCGGAUAAAAGAAGUGAUUGGAUUCUACGACCAUCACUUCUUACAAUUUGUCCGUUGUUUAUGCCAACCACAUUUUUAAAUUUAGCAGCACAGACCGCCUCCACUACUACUGAUAUCCAAUCUUUUGAUGUAUCGAAUGAGCAGCAAGCGCCUACACGUCUAACAUCCAAUCAACUUGUCAAAACUCAUUUGAUGAAUGAUUUAUGUAAAUCAAGAGUUUGGAGUGAUCUUCAACAUAGUCUUAGCUUUAGCAAUAUAUCUGCCCUCGGAAGUCUCGACUUUCUCCAGCCACCAUCUUCCUCGAAACAAGUUUCCUCCAACCCCGUUGGCAGAUUAACUCGAACAUGUAACGACAUAAUUGUCGAAAAGUUCUCCUCUUUAAAGCGUAUUUUCAAUCCUAAUAACAACAGUGGUGAAAGCAAUUUACCUAGCCUGCCUUGUUCAGAUAGUGUCUUGUAUCAUUUAAUUCUCAAUUCUGCCACUAGCGAAAUUUGGCAUUCACACCUUUUUCUACCAGAAUGGUGUAGUGAUGAAACCAGAACAAUUGGUACUCGUGCUAGAACAACAGCAACAGCAACAACGAAAACAGUAAAUCAUCAAGAUGAAAAUAAUCCGGUUACUAUUCAAACUAAUAAUAAUGAUGAUGAUGAUGAUGACGGUGACGCUGUUGAAAAUGGUCAAACCAAUAACUGUGAUAACAGUGUGAAUGUUGGCGACAGUUACAGUGCAAUGAGUAGAAAAGUUAGCGACACCUGUCUACCUCCAUCCGCUCCAUCCAAUGCUCAUCUGAAUUUGGCUUUAAACGCGAUACUGUCUUCGUAUCGUUCACCACAGUCUUCAACUCCAUCAUCAUCAUUAUCGCAACAACAACAACAACCAUUCGGUGUGUUACGUUGUCUCUUAUGCAAAUUUAAAACAAAUGAUAAACAAAGGCUUAAAAUGCAUCUUAUGGGUAGUGGUCGAACUGUAGUCAAUACAAAAUGUGGCCUAUGUGGUCAGCUAUUAAGUAUAGAACAACCAAAUUUAUGUUUGAUUAAGGCUCAUAUACUGUUACACUUGGGAUGUCAUAUAAUGUGUCCUCAGUGUGGAUUUACGCCUCCAGCAUAUUUAUCGCCUGAUUGUGCUGAGUUGUGCUUACGUGCACAUCUUCGCUUUGUAUGUUAUCACUUUAAUUUGAGGGAAAUCUUUCAAUGUUGUUAUUGUCAUGAAAUGGGUAACAAAAAAGGCUAUAAGGCGUUUGAAAAUCUAUGCCAACAUUAUUUUGAAUGUCAUACAAGGCGGAUUUAUUCAUGUUUACUUUGUGUACAACACCAGAAACAAUUACAAUCUAUUGUUGGUAUAAGUAUCGAUAAUAGUCAGCAGCAGCAGAGUACAAGUUUCACCAUUGAAACAUCUUCAUUUGAAGAAUUAACAAAUCAUAUGAGAGUUAUUCAUGGUGCUAAUACGCCGCCUGGUGCUAUGAAUUCUUCGACUUCUACUGUUCAUCCUAUAUCUGGAUUUUAA